ACUAAACUUCUUUCUUGUCUCUCUGCAAAAAAAUCCUUGGGAACACCAAACGACAUCAAAACGCUGUCAUUUCAUCUCCUCUCAGAUCCUUAAAUUCUCUUCCACUCCAAAUUCUCUGGGGAAAGGUCAACAUUUGGAAUUCUCUCUGUCUCCGACUUUUGUUCUUCCUCUCCAAAUUCAUCUAUUGGAUUGAAGUAAGUUAGUGAUGCAAAUUCUGAGUUUUUCGAGUUUAGUAUGAGAGCAAUUGAACAUUCUGUUGAAGAGGAACCUCUGAUUAAGAAAGCUAAAUUGAUUGAUAAGGUCGAAAAUUGUCACGAGGUUUCAAUGUUGCCGCUAAACGAAACCGUGGUUAAAGGGAAUGAAGAAGUUUGUUUGUUAGAUAUGGAAGAUAAGAAAGAGACUUGUGUUGACGUUGAAUCUAAUGAGAGAAAGAAAGAAGAAGUUUCGGUAUCGAGCUUGGUUGAUCGAAAACAUGUUGUUUCGGGUGACGAAAACGUAGAAAAGAAGGAAGAAGGUUCUGUUAUAUCGGCUGUUACGAGUAGUGAUGAAGUUCCAGUGGUAAAGAACAACGAUUCUUGUGUUGUUUCGGGUGAUGAAACCGUAGAAAAGAACGAAGAAGGUUGUGUUAUAUUGGCUGUUACGAGUAGUGAUGAAGUUCCAGUGGUAAAGAACAACGAUUCUUGUGUUGUUUCGGGUGAGGAAACGAUAGAAAAGAAUAAAGAAGGUUCUGUUAUAUCGGCUGUUACGAGUAAUGAUGAAGUUCCAGUGGUAAAGAACAACGAUUCUUGUGUUGUUUCGGGUGAUGAAACCGUAGAAAAGAACGAAGAAGGUUGUGUUAUAUUGGCUGUUACGAGUAGUGAUGAAGUUCCAGUGGUAAAGAACAACGAUUCUUGUGUUGUUUCGGGUGAGGAAACGAUAGAAAAGAAUAAAGAAGGUUCUGUUAUAUCGGCUGUUACGAGUAAUGAUGAAGUUCCAGUGGUAAAGAACAACGAUUCUUGUGUUGUUUCGGGUGAUGAAACCAUAGAAAAGAAUGAAGAAGGUUCGGUUAUAUCGGCUGUUAUGAGUAGUGAUGAAGUUUCAGUGGUAGAGAACAACGAUUCUUGUGUUGUUUUUGGUGGAAUCAGCGGGGUAAAUUCAUUGGUGUUAAGGAAAAAACUUCUUGUUCUUGAUCUUAAUGGGUUGCUUGCUGAUAUAGUUACUCCUCUCAAGGAUGUUCCAGCGGAUAUUAAUAUUGGAAGAAGAGCAAUUUUCAAGAGACCUUUUUGUGAUGAGUUUUUGAGAUUCUGCUUUGACAAGUUUGAAGUUGGUAUCUGGUCAUCGAGAAAACAGAAUAAUGUUGUAAGAAUCACUGAGUUCUUGCUUGGUGAUUUGAAGAGUAAGCUGUUGUUUUGUUGGGACAUGUCUUAUUGUGCUACAACCAGUGUUGGUUCGCUUGAAAAUAGGUACAAAUAUGUGGUGUUCAAGGAUCUAAACCGGCUUUGGGAGAAACACGAUCCAAGACUUCCUUGGAAAAUGGGUGAUUACAACGAAACCAACACGGUUUUGCUAGACGAUUCUCCUUACAAGGCUUUGCUUAACCCGCCAUAUACAGCAAUAUUCCCUCAUUCAUACAAUCAUCAGAACAAGACAGAUACAUCUUUAGGUAAUGGUGGUGAUUUGAGACUUCAUCUUGAGAAGUUGGUAGAAGCGGAAAACGUUCAAGAUUUCAUCAAGAAAAACCCUUUCGGGCAAGAAGCUAUUACGGAAGUAAGCGAAUCGUGGGAGUUUUACAGAGAGAUCAUUCGUAUGCUACGUAUAUCUUCUCAAACGUACAGAUUAAGGAACAUCAUACGGUAGAAAACUGAGGAAGCUGCAAGAUUUUUUGUAGAGUUUGGGGGAUAACAAACGUAAAGGAAGAUAUAGAAAGAUUAACUAAAACAACGUGAUGUUCUGAUGUUGUUGUUACAAAUGUGUUGGUGUUUUAUUUUAUAAGUUGUAUAACCACAAGUAGUUGCAUUUUUUUCUUGUGUAGUUGAUUAUUUAUUAUUAAAACUUGUAUUUCAUAUCUUUAUUCUGGUUGUUGGUGUUAGUUUUUACUUUUUAAACAAUGGAAUUUAUUUCAAUUGUAACUUUAGACAUCUAAAUUUUCUUAUGGUUUAU